UGAACAUGGCCAAUCCUGAGGCAGAUGAGCUCUCCUCCAGGUCAGAGAGUCCCAGCCUGGAAGGUCAGGCUGAGGACAGAUCUCUGCUUCAUCAGAGGCUGGCCAUCAGGGAGCUCAUGGACACAGAGGUCUCCUAUCUACACAUGCUCCACCUCUGCACCUCUGACAUCAGGAGCCGCCUCCAGCAGCUGCUGCCAGGGGAUCUGAAUGUCCUGUUCUCAAACAUGGAUGAGAUUGUCCAGGUGAACAGCCGAUUUCUUCAUGGGCUUCAGGAGACAGCAUCCAAGGAAGAGGAACAAGUGCACCUCAUCGGUAAUUUAUUCCUGGAAUUUCAAGAGGAGUUUGAGCGUGUUUAUAAGGUCUACUGUGCCAGCUAUGACCAGGCCCUGCUGCUGCUCAAGACGUACCGGGAGGAGCCAGAGCUGCAUCAGGAGAUCCAGAGCAUCAUUGAGACAGUGGUGCCCCAAGCGGGAGCUUCAGGUCUCAGUUUCUUCCUGGUAACCCCUCUGCAGAGGAUCACUAAGUACCCAUUGCUGCUGCAGAAGAUCCUGGAGAAUACUCACCCUGAUGCCAGUGCCUACCCUGCCCUCCAGAGGGCUGCGUCUGCUCUCCAGGAUGUGAACGCCAACAUCAAUGAGUACAAGAUGCGCAAGGAAGUGGCCUCUAGGUACACCAAGGCAGAGCAGCUGAGCCUCCGAGAGCGGCUGGCCCGAAUCAACACGCACACCCUGUCCAAGAAGACCACCCGGCUGAGCCAGCUGCUAAAGCAGGAGGCAGGGCUGGUGCUCAAGACAGAAGACAAGGAAUUUGAUGAGUUGGAGGAGAGGUUCCAGUGGGUGUCCCUCUGUGUGACUGAGCUGAAGAGCAACAUGGCUGCUUAUAUGGAUAAUCUAGAGGCUUUUCUCCGAUUCCGGCCACACGAAUGCAAUCUGGACAUCCCCGGGGGCUCUGUUGAGCAGUACUGCAGCCUGGCGAGAGACCUUCAGUGCCAGGCCUUCCUGGAGUUUAAGCAGCGGCUGCAGGCCCUGGUGUGGCAGCCUCUGUGCAGCCUGGCCAGAGCCCUGGCUGGUCCUCAGAACCUGAUCAAGAAGCGCCUGGACAAACUUUUGGACUUUGAGCGGGUGGAAGAGAAGCUGCUGGAGGUGGGCAGCGUGACGUACGAGGAGGAGGCCACGCGGCACACGUACCAGGCACUCAAUGCCCUUCUGGUGGCCGAGCUCCCGCAGUUUAACCAGCUGGUCAUGCAGUGGCUGGGCCAGAUCCUGUGCACGUUCGUGGCCCUCCAACAGGACCUGGCUGAGCAGGUGCUGCAGAGGGCAGGCAGUAGCAUGGCCCAGCUACCCCAUCACGGCCUCUCAGAGCCGGCCUUCAGAAAGCUGGUGGAAGACAUGCUAGGCCAGAGCAGUACCCAGCUUCGAGCCUUUCAGGAGGACUUUGAGAAAGUGCUGCCACCUCCCAUGGCUCAGCCACUGGUUCCUGGCUCUGAGCGCCAGGUGCAGGCCCUGAUGAACAGGUAUGGCCUUGGGAAGUUGUACCAGGUGACAAGCAAUGUCAGUGGAGCUGGAACCCUGGACCUGACACUACCACGGGGCCAAAUUGUGGCCCUUCUUCAAAACAAGGACACCAAAGGCAACAGCAGUCGCUGGCUGGUAGACACCGGGGGACACCGGGGAUAUGUGCCGGCCGGGACACUGCAGCCGUAUCACGCCGUUCCCAGUAAGAAGGAGCUCAGAGGUCAGGCGGGGCAACAUGAGGACUCCAAACACCCAGCACCAGAGCCCACCUCAGCCCCCGUCCCCUGUGCCCCAGCCGUGGCCCAGGUGGUGGCAGUGUACCCUUUCGUGGCCAGAAGCAGCCAUGAAGUGAGUUUGCGGGCCGGCCAGCCGGUGACAGUCCUGGAGGCCCAGGACAAGAAGGGGAACCCGGAAUGGAGCCUGGUGGAGGUGGACGGACAGAGGGGAUAUGUGCCUUCCGGUUUCCUGGCCACGGCCCCCAGCCCAGCUCCAUGGGGCUGGAGUCUACCCUGUUAGGGUGCCCAGUCCAUGUGGCUGAGGAUGGGAGGGGCUGAGAGGCAGGGCCCCCGGGGGAGGGGAAGGAAGCAAGGAGGACAUGGGGGG